AUGCCUCAAAGCUCGGGCAUCGUGAACCCGCUCUUCCAUCCGCUGCUCUUCCUCUACCAGCUGCUGCAAUGGAUCCUCGAUAAAGCUCUUUCGCCGAACCCUCCUCGCCAAAAUGACCAAUUGAAGCGUCCUAAGAUUGCCAUUAUCGGGGCUGGACUGACGGGUGUUUCGGCGGCUGCUCAUUGCGUGGGCCAUGGCUUUGACGUGACCAUUUUUGAGGCCGGUUCGAGGGAUCGACUCGGCGGCAUUUGGAGCAGAGUCAAUGACACAUCUGGCCUCCAAAUUCACUCCGUCAUGUACCGCUUCCAUCCCUCCGUCAAGUGGGAGCGCGGCUAUCCCAAUCGCAAGCAGAUUGUCGGCCAAAUCGAGCAACUCUGGAAGCGCUAUGAUUUGGAAAAGAAGACCAAGUUCGAUACCAAAGUCAAGGGUCUCAAACAAGACGAUCAAGGUCGAUGGCUCGUCAACAAUGACCCUUCACUUGGACAGUUUGACGGCUUGAUCGCGGCCAUUGGAACUUGUGGUGACGCCAAGAUGCCGCAUAUCCCGGGCAUGGAAGAAUUUAAAGGAGAGAUUUAUCACUCGAGUGAUCUGACGGGAAAAGAUGCCAAGGACAAGCACGUCGCCAUCAUCGGAGGAGGUGCAUCAGCUGUGGAAGCUCUCGAAUUUGCCUUUACUGCCGGAGCAGCCAAAGUAUCCAUCCUUUCUCGAUCUGACAAAUGGAUCAUCCCACGAAACAUGAUUGUAGACACAUUGCUCAGCCUCAACAUCUUUGGUCAAGAGACUCUCUUUUCCUUCAUCCCCGAGUUUCUCCUCCGCAAGCUAUUUUAUCGAGAUCUCGAAGAUUUAGCUCCUACCCACGACAAGGGCAUCUUCAUGGGCACGCCAAUGGUCAACUCAGACGUCAUGGACAAGCUGCGUCAAGGCAAGGCAGAAUGGGUCCGCGGCGAUAUUCUCGGCUUCACCAGCCGCGGAGUCACAGUCAACCGCCGCUCCCGAGGCGUUCCCAAAGACGGCCCCGGCCACGAAGAGCUCAUCAAGGCCGACAUUGUCGUCAUGGCCACGGGCUUCAAGCGGCCGUCGCUGGCGAUUCUCCCCGACGACUGCUUCGGCGACCCGUACGGCCCGCCAAACUGGUAUCUGCAGACGUUCCCCCCCGCGCAUCCGUCCGUCUCGGCCAUCAACUCGACUUUUGUCGAAGCCAUUGGAACUGUUGGAAACUGGCACAUCGGCAUCUACACACGCAUUCUCCUCAUGUUCCUGCUGGACCCCCUGACGCGGCCGAGUCGAUGGUGGAUGGAGCGCUGGAUCGACAUGACGCGCACACUCAAGAAGCUCAGCCCAACGGGAGCGUUUGACUUUUUCACGUAUCUGGAGCUCGUCUGGUGGUUCGUGUUUUGCGUGGCGUUUAACCCGUUUCGCUGGAAGUGGGCGCUGUUUGUGUUUACCGGGGUGGGCAUUGGGAUUCCGAAUGCGAUUAUUGCGCAGGAGAAGAAGAUUAUGAAUAGAGAAGGAUACCAGAAUAGAGAUGAGGGUGUCAGCUUUUAA